AUGGCCCCGCUCCUGCUUCCAAGCCCGGAAGAGGUACACUACCUCCUCGCUCGCGGCGCAGGCGACACGGUCAAGGGUGCUCUGACACCCAACGAUACUCAAAAGAUCACCCUCAUUGUUGCGUGCUGCUACAGCCUGUUCAUUGGUAUCGUACCAUAUCUGUGCGAAAUCAUCUACCCCUUCAAGCUCCUCACUGUCGGCAUGCACGAAAUGUGCCACGCUAUUGCUGGGACGCUCACCUGCGCGCGUGUUGAGAGCAUCUCGCUUGACCCCAACGAGGGCGGAGCAACGCGCAUGCGCGGUGGUAUCCCCGCCGUGACUCUGCCAGCAGGAUAUCUCGGCUCGUGCUUUAUCGGUGCCGGCCUCAUCGCAUGUGGAUUCGACACCAACGCGUCCAAGGUCGCCUGCCUCGUCCUCAGCGUUUUCUUCCUCCUCACGCUCUUCUGGGCCCGUAAGAGCUGGAUCGCAUGGGUCACUAUCGCCUUUGCAUGGGGACUGAUUGUUGUGGCGUGGCUCGUCUACCACUCUGUGGCCCUCCGCUUCGUUGUCCUCUUCCUCGGCGUCAUGUCGUGUCUGUACUGCAUCUGGGACAUUGUCGACGACACACUCAAACGCAAGAUCAACUCGUCCGACGCAAGCGAGUACGCACGCCUCAUCGGGUUCGGUUCUAGCCGAGCAUGGGGCGCCUUCUGGCUGUUCUGGGCCUGUAUCUUCUUCGCUGCGGGCAUCCUCAUUGGCCUGGCAGCGUUCAAGAAGGACUGGGACCAGCAGCGUAUUGCCGCAGACAACUUCCUCGGUGGGACUCCUUGA